UUACUUGUGACUUCAGUCGUGUGAUAGGUGAUACCCAGUCUCCAUCGCCGAUUUUCUCAUUAGCCAUAUUUAGAAAAGUUCUUGAUUCGCCUGGAUCAAAUUUUACACCCAUAAUGUCUUCAAGUAAAUUUGGGUUUUAUCCGGUAGGAAUGUCCUUUCACCAAAUGAGUACAUUUAAACUUAGCAUUGGUAAACGAGCGUGUAUGGCACUUUGUUCAUUAAUUUCAAUAGAUUCUACAUUGGUCAGUUAAAUGUUUCCUCAUCUAAACAUGUUUUCUUUUUUUUUUUUUUUUUAAAACUCAAUCCCGUCUCCAAUGUUCAGCGAAAUCAAUCAAGGCAGUAUACUCAUCUUAUAUGUUAAUCGAACUCAAUCCAGGCAGUACUUAAUCAAAAAUGUUUUACGAACUUAAUCCAUGCAGUAUAUCAAUCUAAGCUGUUACUUGAACUCAAUCCAAUAUUUUUCUAAUUUGUUCCUUUAAAUCAAUGCAGACAGUGUAUCCAUCUGAUUUUUAAAAAAUGAGAUUAAUCCAGGAGUAUAUUUAUAUAAGUUUUCUCAAACUUAAUAUAGGCAGAAUAUCUAUCUUAUUGGUUCCUCCAACGCAAUCAAAGCAGAAUGUCCAUUUAAGAUGUUUCUCCAGCUUAAUUCAGGCAGAAUAUCCAUCUGCGUUGAUCCUCAAAACCAAUCCAGCAGAAUAUCCAUCUAAGUUUAUCAACGAGCUUAAUUCAGGCAGUAUAGCCAUCAAAGUUGUUCCCCCAACUCAAUACGGCAAAAUACCCAUGCAAUUUGUUCCUCCAAGUACAUCCAAGCAGUUUGUUCUUUGGAUUUAAUCCAUGAAUGUUACUAAUCUAAGAUAUUCCUUCAACUCCAUAAAGGCAGUAUAUUGAAUUAAGUUUUUCUUCAAUCUUAAUCCAUGCAAUAUAUCCAUCCAAAUUAUUCCUCCAAAACAAUCAAGGCACUAUAUCCAUCUAAGUUGUUCCAUAAACUCAAUUCAGACAAUAUAUCUGAUACUGAUAUGUCUAAGUUGUUUCUCAAAAUCAUUUCCGAAGGUAUAUCCAUAUAAAUGGUUUCUCCAACUCCAUCCAUGUUGUACAUUCAUCAAAGGUUUUCCUUCAAUUAAAUGAUCCAUGCAGUAUGGCCAUCUAAGAUGUUCCUCUAACUCAAUCCAUGCAGUAUGGCCAUCUAAGAUGUUCCUCUAACUCAAUCCAUGCAGUAUGGCCAUCUAAGAUGUUCCUCUAACUCAAUCCAUGCAGUAUGGCCAUCUAAGAUGUUCCUCUAACUCAAUCCAUGCAGUAUGGCCAUCUAAGAUGUUCCUCUAACUCAACCCAGGUAGUACAUACAUCUGAGUGGUUCCUCCUGCUAAAUUCAGGUAGUAUAACCAUCUCCGUUGUUUGUUCCUCCAACGUAAUCCAUUCAGUAUAACCAUCUAAGUUGUUCCUCGUAAUUAAUCCAGUCAGUCUAUCUAUUUAAGUUGUUCCUUUAAGGAAAUCAAGGCAGUACACCAAUCUAAGAUGUUCGUCUAAUUCAAUCAAAUAGGUAUAUCCAUCUAAGAUAUUCCUCCUAAUUAAUCCAGUCAGUAUACCAAUCUAAGUCGUUCCUCUAACUAAAUCAAGGAGUACAAUCAUCUAAGAUGUGCCUCUAAUUCCAUCUAGUCAGUUAAACCAUUUUAGUUUUCCGCCUCCUCAAUCCAGGUAGUAAUCCACCUAAGAUAUUCUUCCUACGCAAUCCAGCAGUAUACCCGUGAGGUGAUUAUCCAAUAAGAUGUUCCUCUAACUCAAUCCAUCUAAGAUUUUCCUCCUACUCAAUUCAGGCAGUAUAACAAUCUAAGUUAUUCGUACUACUCAAUCCAGUCAUCAUACCCAACUCAGUUGUUUCUUUAACUCAUCCAGACACUUACCCAUUUAAGAUAUUCCUCUAACUCAAUCAAGGCAGUAUACCCAUCUAAUAUAUUCCUCUAACUCAAUCCAGGCAAUAACCCAUCUAAGAUGUUCCUCCUACUUAAUCUAGCAAUAGCCCAUCUAAGAUGUUCUUCCUACUUAAUCCAGGCAAUAACCCAUAUAAGAUGUCCUCUAACUCAAUCCAGGCAGUAUGUCAAUCUGAUUUAAUAAUGGAGCUCACUGCAGGCAGUAUAUCCAUCUACGUUUUCUAUAACUUUAUCUAGGCAGUAUAGCCAUCUAGGCUUUCUCUUUAAUUAAUCCAUGCAGCAUUUCCAUCUACGUUUUCUCUAACUUAAUCUAGGAAGUAUAUCCAUCUACAUUUUCUCUAACUUAAUCUAGGCAGUAUAUCCAUUUAUGUUUUCUCUAACUUAAUCAAGCCAGUUUUUCCAACUACGUUUUCUCUAACUUAAUCUAGGCAGUAUAUCCAUCUACGUUUUCUUUAACUUAAUCUAGGCAGUAUAUAUAUUUUAGUUGUUCCUCCAACUCUUUCAAAACAAAAUAUCAAUCUAAGAUGUUUCUCCAUCUUAAUUCAGGCAGUAUAUCUAUGUGCAAUGUUCCUCAAAUUUAAUCCUGGCAGAAUAUCCAUUAAAUUUGUUUACCAUCUAAAUUCGGGCCUUAUAGUCAUUCAAGUCGUUCCCCAAUUCAUUCCAAUAGAAUAUUCAUGCAAGAUGUGCCUUCAAGCCGAUCAAAGCAGUACUCAAUUCACUUUGUUCUUUAUAUUUAGUCUAAAAGUUUUACUCAUCUAAGAUGAUCAUUCAACUCCAUAAUGGCAGAAUAUUUAACUCAAUUUUUUUUCCAUCUUUAUCAAGGCAGUAAUACUCAUCUAAGAUAUUCCUCCUACUCAAUACAGGUAGUUUACCAAUGUAAGAUAUUCCCCCUACUCAAUAAUGCAGUUUAAUCAUCUAAGAUAUUCCUACUACUUAAUACUUAAUACAGGCAGUUUACCCAUCUAAGAUAUUCAUCCUACUCAAUACAGGCAGUAUACCAAUCUAAGAUAUUCCUCCUACUCAGUACAGGCAGUAUACCCAUCUAAGAUAUUCCUCCUACUCAAUCUAGGCAGUUUACCCAUCUAAGAUAUUCCUCCUACUUAAUACAAGCUAUUUACACAACUAAGAUAUUCCACCAACUCAAUCGAGUCAGUUUACCCAUCUAAGAUUUUCCUCUAACUCAAUUCAGCAGUAUAACCAUCUAAGAUUUUCCUCUAACUCAAUUCAGCAGUAUACCCAUCCAAGUUUUGCCUCUAACUCAAUUCAGCAGUAUACCCAUCUAAGUCGUCCACCUUACUCAGUCCAGGCAGUAUACACAUCAAAACCCUUUUCUUUAAAACGAUUCAAAAUCAGUCACCAUGCUAAUCUUCCCAGACAAUUUUUAACUGGUCACAUUCUAGCAACCCUCUUCUCUAAUAAACUCUCAAAAUCUCAAAACACCAUUCACCAUCUUUCUUCAAGUCUCCAGACUACUCCUCCAAAAAAGAAUUCCAAAAUUCUUUUAAUGACCAUCGUGUACCUUGAGCAUGUUACCAUCUUGUGGUACCUCAAAAAAAAUCACACCUUUUGGGCCUCUCGCUGUCUUUUCGAGCUUCCAUUAUUAUCAUUUUCUGCAACAAUUUUUAGCACAAAAGUUAACCGAGGUCGAUGUAACUGUUCAUUUUAGGAAUGCGUGGAGAGAUAUCCACGAAAAAUAUCACGGUUUCUUUGUGUACUAUAUUAAAUGUAGUGUUUCAGGCUCAAUUCUAUUUCAAUGUUCGUUCUAAUGGUACAACGCAAUAAUUGGUCGUCUUUCACUUUCAGCAACCAAAACAUAUUAUUUGGCCAUGGAAGGCGACAUUCCACUAUUAUAAUAUGAGCAGACCAGAGGAUCAAGUGAUUAUCCUACACAACACGAACGCAUCGUGUGACGAUGCUGGAGAGUACACGUGUCGGACUAUUCUCCUUAAGGGCACGCUUAUUACACAUAAUAAGACACAAUUGCUGAGAAAAAAAGGUGAGUUUUCACAACAAUGUAUGUGCCAAUUUAACAUCACAUGUAUGCAUCGUUGAAUGUGUAUGUUUAUAUGCAUGUAUGUAUAUAUAUAUAUAUAUAUAUAUAUAAAUGUAUAUAUGCAUGGAUGUAUAUAUGUGUGUGCAUGUAUGUAUGUAUGUAUUUAUAUUAUUUAUGUAUGAAUGUAUGUAUGUAUGUAUGUAUGUAUGUAUGUAUGUAUGUAUGUAUGUAUGUAUGUAUGUAUGUAUGUAUGUAUGUAUGUAUGUAUGUAUGUAUGUAUGUAUGUAUGUAUGUAUGUAUGUAUGUAUGUAUGUAUGUAUGUAUGUAUGUAUGUAUGUAUGUAUGUAUGUAUGUAUGUAUGUAUGUAUGUGUGUGUGUAUGUAUGUUAACUUCCGGUUAGAUGGGAUUCGUGUACAUGUUUUUUUGAUGAAGAAUAUUUCUUUGACUCUGACAUUAUUAGCCAAGUAAAUCCUCAACAAACUGUGAUUUAUAAACUAAAAUCUCACAUUGCUGGUCAAGGGAUGAGCCAAAAGUCACUGUCUUCACUAUGCUUAGCUAUUUAUGUGAUUUGGGGUUUUGUACUGCAUUGGUCAUAUUAAGCGCCAUGUUUGUUACCACUUCCUGUCUUACUCUAUUCCUGUGUGUGCUCUCAGACUGAAACACACGAAGUGACUUAUCGUAUGCACAAUUACAAUAUUACACUAUAUAUAUAUAUUGCUUCUGGUAGAUGAGACUCGUAAACCAUGGCCGGUAGCUCAUAUAGGAGAGGGAAACUCUGACUCCAAACCUCCGCUGCCUUGCGGCUAUACCCACACGGGAAAAGCUGAUUAUCCAUACUACUUCGCCCAGGUUUUAUUUUUACUGGAAAGGACACUCCAGCACCGCCGAAUGGUAUGAACACAACACGUGAGGCAGCAGUUGCCGGUUUUAAGCCAUAGUUUAAUCGGCUUAGAGCUGGGCGCCAGGGGUUGCUUCUGACGGUGGAAGAGAUCGCCAUGUCUCACUGGGUGCGUGGAGCUCAGGGGCCACAAACACAUGCACCUAGAAAUAAGAAAACAAAAGAAAAGAAGACCCCAGCUCUUCGACCAGCAAGCUUGAAUGUAAGGACUAUGUGCCCGGGCAUUACUGCCGACCUGCAGCUCAUAAACGAUGCAAGGAAGACAGCUAGCGUUGAUAGAGAGCUUAGCAGGCUAAACAUUGAUAUUGCCUGUCUCCAGGAAACUAGGCUCCCCGAAUUUGGUAUCAUAAGAGAACUCAACUACACUUUCUUCUUGCAGGGUGGACCAAUGGACGCACCAAGACAACAUGGGAUUGGUUUUGCUAUAAAAAACACACUCUGCUCUUCCAUAGAACCACCGAUACAGGGCACUAAUAGAAUACUAACUAACCGACUAUCAACAUCUUCAGGUUUAGUCAACAUCCUCAGUGCUUAUGCCCCAACCCUUUCCUCCAGCUCAGAAGCCAAAGACCAGUUCUGCGAAGAUCUUAAUCAAACAAUAGCCAGCAUACCCAACAAUGAAGCAAUUUACCUCUUGGGUGACUUCAAUGCAAGAGUAGGAAGCGAUCUCAUGGUCUGAGACUAUUGGAACUGUGAUGUCUACAUGGACUAUGUGUAACUAACACCUACUUCAACUGAAGGCCAUCCACCAAGUUUCAUGCAGGCAUCCCCGCUUUAAACACUGGCACCAGUUAGAUCUCAUAAUCACAAGACGCACACAACUGGCCAGUGUCCUCCUCACACGCAGCUACCACAGCGCAGACUGCGACACUGAUCAUUCCUUAGUCGCUAGCAAGAUAAGGCUACAGCCAAAGAAACUGUAUCACACCAAAAACAAGAGUAAACCACGCAUAAACAUCUGCUCCACCAAAAACCCAGAGAGAACAUAAGUAUACACCCAUAGUCUACAAAAAGCUCUUGUACAAACGCCACUAAUGGACACUAUUAAGUCCAAAUGGUCACAUUUGCGGGAGACUAUCUAUAACUCGGCUAUCACGGCAUUUGGAAAGAGAGAGCACAAAAGUGCAGAUUUGUUCGAGGCCCAUUGGCAGGAAAUGAAACAUGUCACCGAUGCAAAAAGAAAGGCCCUCUUAGCUUAUAAAGACAGGCCUUGCCCAGCAACUCUACAAUCGCUUGUAAGCACCAAGACAAAAGGCCAGCAGACAGCUCGCCACUAUGCUAACACAUACUGGCUCAUUCUAAGCUCCAGCAUACAAUCAGCUGCUGAUAGAGGUGAUGCAAAGUCAAUGUACGAGAAUAUAAAGCAAGCAACAGGCCCUCUGAUCUCCAAGACUGUGCCUUUAAUGUCCAAAUCAGGGGAAAUUAUUACUGAUCGUGAUAAACAACUUAAGCGGUGGAUAGAGCAAUACUUGGAAAUAUACGCAACGAUAAACCAAGUCUCAAACGCUGCCCUGGACGAUAUCCCAGACUUGCCGGUCAUGGAGGAGCUUGAUACCCUACCCACAAUAGAAGAGCUACGUAGAGCCAUCGAUUGUCUCGCCAGUGGGAAAGCACCGGGCAAUGAUGGUAUCCCACCAGAAGCUCUCAAAUGUGGAAAAGGAGUACUAUUACGGCCCUUGCACGAUCUACUUACUCUGUGCUGGGAACAGGGACGGUUACCACAAGAGUUGAAAGAUGCAAACAUUGUUGCAUUGUUCAAAAAUAGAGGAGACAAGAGUGACUGCAACAACUAUCGUGGAAUCUCUCCCCUCAGCAUAGUUGGAAAGGCUUUCGCCCGAGUUGCAUUAACAUGCCUUCAGACCCUAGCAUCGCGUGUACUCCCAGAAUCGCAAUGUGGUUUUCGCGCCAGUAGGUCAACCAUAGACAUGAUCUUCUCUCUGCGCCAACUGCAGGAGAAGUGCAGGGAGCAACAUAUGCCUUUAUACAUUUUAUUUGUCGACCUCACUAAGGCUUUUGAUCUUGUCAGCAGAAGCAGCCUGUUUCAGAUCCUCAAAAAGAUAGGCUGCCCUACACGGCUGCUUAACAUCAUCAAGCAGUUCCACAAAAACAUGCAGGGCACAGUGUGCUAUAAGGGUGCCGCCUCAGAAGCUUUUCCAGUGAGUAGUGAGGUAAAGCAAGGUUGCGUGCUGGCUCCUACUUUAUUUGCAAUCUUUUUCUCCACCCUACUCCAGUAUGCCUUUCAGAACAACAGCUAGGGGAUAUACAUCCAAACUAGAGAUGACGGAAAAUUAUUCAACAUUGCCCGACUUAAAGCUAAGACUAAAACAAGAAAGGUUUUGCUGCGGGAGUUCUUGUUUGCGGACAAUGCCGCUUUGGUAUCUCACACAGCAAACGGCCUGUAGAGCCUCGUAUCCAGCCUAUCCGCUGCCUGCAAAGAGUUUGGCCUGACAAUUAGCCUAAAGAAAACUAACAUUAUGGCACAGGGCGCUGACUCCCUCCCCACUAUCGCCAUCGACGACUACGACUUGGAUACUGUUGACAGAUUCACAUAUCUGGGAUCCAACAUAUCGAGCACCCUCUCAAUGGAGGAUGAGAUAAGUGGGAGGAUAGGGAAGGCCACAACUGUUAUGGCCAGACUGAAGAAAAGAGUCUGGUCAAACGCCAAAUUCACAACAAGAACUAAGCUGCAGGUGUACCAGGCCUGCGUACUGAGCACACUUCUGUAUGGAUGUGAGUCGUGCACCACAUACUCUAAACACGAAAGAAGGCUCAAUGGCUUCCACCUCAGAUGCCUGUGCCACAUCCUUGACAUUAAAUGGCAAGACAAAGUCCCCAACACGGAUGUCCUGUCCCAAACAAACAUGUGUAGCGUCCCAGCCAUGUUAAUCCAAAUACGCCUCCGCUGGCUUGGAAACGUCAAGCGCAUGCAAUCGGGUCGCAUACCAAAAUAAGGUGCUACACAGCGAUCUGGCGACAGUGAAAAGAUCAGUUGGACGGCCUCGUCUGAGAUACUUAGACAUAUGCAAAAGAGACAUGAAGUCGGCCAACAUCGACAUCUCAAACUGGGAGGAGCUGGCAGAGGAUCGAUCCUCAUGGCGGGGCAUCGUGAAGGUAUGAUCACUACAUGCCGAGGAUCAAAACAGGGUGGAAACAGCUGCAAAAAGAGCAAGGAGGAAGGCCGGUAAAUACUGCUCCACCGCAUUCGUGUGUGGGAAAUGUAACAGAGACUGUCAUUCGAGGAUUGGUCUCACCAGCUUCACCAAGAGCUGCAAGCAAUAAAGAUAAUCUAUCGUCUCCCGCAGACGGAAAGAUGCCAUGUAUGUAUGUAUGUAUGUAUGUAUGUAUGUAUGUAUGUAUGUAUGUAUGUAUGUAUGUAUGUAUGUAGGUAUGUAUGUAUGUUUGUAUGUAUGUACGUAUGUAUGUAUGUACGUAUGUACGUAUGUACGUAUGUACGUAUGUACGUAUGUAUGUAUGUACGUAUUUAUGUAUGUAUGUAUGUAUGUAUGUAUGUAUGUAUGUAUGUAUGUAUGUAUGUAUGUAUGUAUGUAUGUAUGUAUGUAUGUAUGUAUGUAUGUAUGUAUGUAUGUAUGUAUGUAUGUAUGUAUGUAUAUAUGUAUGUAUGUAUGUAUGUAUGUAUGUAUGUAUGUAUGUAUGUAUGUAUGUAUGUAUGUAUGUAUGUAUGUAUGUAUGUAAAUAUGUAUGUGUAUAUGUAUGUAUGUAUGUAUGUAUGUAUGUAUGUAUGUAUGUAUGUAUGCAUGUAUGUAUGUAUGUAUGUAAAUAUGUAUGUAUGUAUGUAUGUAUGUAUGUAUGUGUGUCUGUGUGUGUGUCUGUGUGUCUGUGUGUGUGUGUGUCUGUGUGUGUGUGUGUGAGUGUGUGUGCAUGUAUGUGUGCAUGUAUGUGUACAAGUAUGUAUGUAUGUAUUUAUGUACGUACGUACGUAUUUAUGUAUUUAUGUAUUAUGUAUAUAUGUAUGUAUAUUGUGACUAAAUGAAGCUAUAUAGUAUACCAACUCACCAUAUCUUGUAUUCAUGGAUGAAUGUAUGUAUGUACAUGUUCAUGUAUAAUAUUGCAUGCACUCAUGACGCCUUAUGUACCAAAACGACAGCUCCGCUCAUCCGAUAGUGGCAUCCUUGAGACUUAUUGAAAGCGCACUUUUUUAUUUGCUGGCCCAACAAUCUGGAACGCCCUUCUAGUCGCCCUCAGAAACAGCCAGAUCCUGCAGUCCUUUAAACCCGAUUUAAAAACACAUCUAUGUCGCAAACACCCUCUUGGGUGAUGCUAUCUACCAUCUUUUUUCAGUUAAUUUAUAUUUAGUUUGUUGCUUAUAGUUGAAAUGGGAUGACUGGGUUUUAUACUGUUGCGUCUGUUUUUAAAUGUGGUCAAUUUUAGAUUGUUUUUAUUUCUCUUUUUUGAUAUGGUUGACUUUGUACCGCAGUUCGAGCUUUUGUGGAUGAAGCGUGUUUUUCAAAUGAACUUUCUUCUUAUUAUUAUGUAUGUAUGUAUGUAUGUAUGUAUGUUUGUAUGCAUGUAUGUACGUUUGCAUAUAUGUAUGUUUGUAUGUAUGUAUGUAUCUGUGUGUGUAUAUAUGUGUCUGUGUUUCUAUGUAUGCAUAACUGCAUUUACGUUAAAAUAAGUCGGAGAUAAGUAGAAUCUCAGUCAGCCAUAGGCAGUAUCUCAGUUAGCCAUAGGCGCUUUAUCAGUUAGCCAUAGGCCUUAUCUCAUUCAGCCAUAGGCAGUAUCUUACUCAGCCAUUAGCUGUAUCUCAGUCAGUUAGACAAAAGCAGGAUCUCAUUCAGCAAUAUGUAGUAUUACAUUCAGUCAUACAAAUUAUCUCAGUCAGCCAUAAACAGUGUUUCGCUCAGCCAUACGCAAUGUCUCAGUCAUCUAUUAGCAGUAUCACCGUGACUCAUAAGCAGUAUCUCAAUCAGUCAUAGCAGUAUCAGUCUGUCAUCAGUUAGCAGUAUCUCAGUUAGCCAUAAGCAAUAUAUAAGCCAGUCAUCCAUUAGUAGUGUUUCAGCCAUAAACAGUAUUUCAGUUUGCCAUAAGCAGAAUCUCAGUCAGCCAUAAGCAGUAUCUCAGUCAGACAUAAGCAGUAUCUCUGUUAGCAAUAAGCACUAUUUUAGUAAGGAAUAAGCAGUAUCACAUUCAGCCAUAAGCAGUAGCACUGUCAGCCAUAAGUAGUAUAUCUUCAAUUAUUUCUUUUCGUUUUUAAAAACACACAUGUGUGAAAACCAUCUCAGUAGGGUGACACCAAAUUAAAAAAUUGCAUAUUUACAGAACACACACUGCUCGGUCUAACAUUUUCAUUUCAUAAAUGAAUGACGAUCAAAAGUAAAUUUUCCACAUAUAUAACCUAUCCAAAAGCGUGAUUUAUUAAAAUUUUAAGAUUGAUGCGUCAGAAAUGAGGUGACCCUAAGAUGAGGUCAGAAAAAACAUCAUUUUGAACAUGAUUCAACGCCCAUUUAAUUGCUAGGUAACUUUCUUAGGUGACAGGAAGCUAUACUCAUCUAACUUUUUGGACAUAAAACUUUCCAUUGAUAAUUAAUGGCGAUUCUAAGAAAACAUGUUUACAGUUCUUACUUAUACAUUUACGUACUGAAAUUGAAUUAAUUCAUUUUUUUCCUUGUUAUGGUAAUAGCAUGGACUUUUUAACAAGAAAAAUUCUAUUGUUGAAGUCGAGGGGGGGGGGGCAUCAUGAGUUUACCACAUCGGGUGACACCAACACUUGUUAAGCCACUGGCGUAUAUUACAACAUACAGUAAGAGACAUUUCUGGUAAAUAAUGAUGCUUUAAAAUAGGCUUUCAUUAUACUCAGAUGCACCUGUCAGUAAAAUUCAAUCACGCAAUAUACACUAAUCGGAUAAUUCAUAUGCGACCAAAUCUACUUAAGCCACCGAGGGCGUAUCGUAUCUUGGUAUAAACAUUAAUUUAUUUACAUACUGACGCUUCCGGGAAUAUUAGCAUGAUUACAGCUGAUUACCAUCAUCAUGGUGGUAUCAUGGUCUUACCACAGUUCAUUAUCUUUGUCAUGGUCGUAUCGAUAUUACCACAGUUCAUUGUCUUCAUCAUGGUCGUAUCGAUAUUACCACAGUUCAUUGUCAUCAGCAUGAUCGUAUCCAUGUGACAACCGUUCAUUGUGAACAUCAUCGAGGCCGUAUCGAUGUGAUCACAGGUCAUUGUCAUCAGCAUGGUCGUAUCAAUAUGACAACAUUUGAUUGUCCUCAUCAUGGUCGUAUCGAUAUUACCACAGUCCAUUGUCUUCAUUAUGAUCGCAUCGAUAUUAUCAAAGCUCAAUAUAAAUAUUAUAAUAAUUGAAAUAUAUGUUUUUCUUUAUUAAAAAAAAAAGAAAAUAUUUAAGUUAUUGAAAUAAAUUAACACAUCGCAUCGUACUUGGACAUGGCAUUUUAAUAAUGGAGGCCUUCAGUCUAUGGCAUUUAAAAAACGUUUUCAAUAAGUCCACUGUCAAAGUUCAACUGGCACCCCUUAUUAAUAACUGAUGUACUUUAUGCUACGGUAACAUGGCCUAAGAUAUAUAUUAAAGGUUAAAUUUAAAAAAAAAAGACUCUUUGGACCAAGCUUUUAUUUUGAAAAAGGAACUGGAUGUUAUAUUAGACGUUGGACAGAACUGUUAUAUUUGACUUUGGACCAUGUUGUUGUAUUCGAAAUUUUGACCGGGCUGUUAGGUUAGAAUUUGGGCAGGGCUGCUCUAUUAGACUUUGGCUCGUUCUGUUAUAUUAGACUUUGAACCGGGCUGUUACAUUACACUUUAGAAAGGGCUGUUAUAUUAGACUUUGAACCGGGCUGUUAGGUUAGAAUUUGGGCAGGGCUGCUCUAUUAGACUUUGGCUCGUUCUGUUAUAUUAGACUUUGAACCGGGCUGUUACAUUACACUUUAGAAAGGGCUGUUAUAUUAGACUUUGAACCGGGCUGUUAGGUUAGAAUUUGGGCAGGGCUGCUCUAUUAGACUUUGGCUCGUUCUGUUAUAUUAGACUUUGAACCGGGCUGUUACAUUACACUUUAGAAAGGGCUGUUAUAUUAGACUUUGAACCGGGCUGUUACAUUACACUUUAGAAAGGGCUGUUAUAUUAGACUUUGAACCGGGCUGUUACAUUACACUUUAGAAAGGGCUGUUAUAUUAGACUUUGGACAGAGCUGUUACAUUACACUUUAGAAAGGGCUGUUAUAUUAGACUUUGGACAGAGCUGUUACAUUACACUUUAGAAAGGGCUGUUAUAUUAGACUUUGAACCGGGCUGUUACAUUACACUUUAGAAAGGGCUGUUAUAUUAGACUUUGGACAGAGCUGUUACAUUACACUUUAGAAAGGGCUGUUAUAUUAGACUUUGGACAGAGCUGUUACAUUACACUUUAGAAAGGGCUGUUAUAUUAGACUUUGGACAGAGCUGUUAUUUUAGACGUUUGGCCAGGCUUUUAUAUUUCGCUUUUAGCUGCGCUGUUAUAUUUCACUGUGGACAAGGGCGUUACAUUUCGCUUGGACCAGGCUGUCAUAAUAGACUUUGUUUUAGGCUGUUAUAUUAGAAUUUGGACAGGGCUGUAAUAUUUUAUUUGGACCAGGCUGUCAUAAUAGACUUUGGUUUAGGCUGUUAUAUUAGACUUUGGACAGGGCUGUAAUAUUUUACUUUUGACCAGGCUGUCAUAAUAGACUUUGGUUUAGGCUAUUAUAUUAGAAAUUGGACAGGGCUGUACUAUUUUAAUUCACAUUAUAAUUAUAAUUCACAUUUGAACUUGCUGUUAUAUUAAACUUUGGACCUGACUGUUAUGUUUCAUCUUUGACAGAGUUUGUUACAUUUGACUUAGGAAAGAGCUGUUAUACUUCACCUUGGACCGGGCUGUUAUAUUUCACUUUGGACCAGUCUGUUAUUUUAGACUUUGGCCCUGGCUGUUAUAUUAAACUUUAGACUGGGCUUUUAUAUUUGAUUUGCACCGGGCUGUUAUAUUUCAUCUUUGUCCAGGCUUUUAUGUUAGACUUUGAACAGGACUGUUAUAUUUGACUUCGGAACAAGCUGUUAAUUUUAAUUUUGGACCGGACUGUUAUGUUUGACUUCAGACCAGACUGUUAUAUUAGACUUUUGAUCGGUCUGUUAUAUUAGACGUUAGACGGGGCGAUAAUACUAGACAUUUGACCGGGGUUAUAUACUAGUCUUUGGACCGGGCUGUUAUGUUUGACUUUGGACAGGGCUGUUAAAUUAGUUGUUAGACAGGGUUGUUAUAUUUCACUUUGGAUCAUGUUUUUAUAUAUCACGUUUGAAUAUGCUGUUAUAAUUCACUUUUGAAAAGGCUUUUAUAUUUCACUUUUGGCAAAGAUGUUAUAUUUGACUUUUUACCAGGCUGUUAUAAUCCGUUUUUGCACCAGGCUGUUAUUUCAUACUUUGGACCAAACAGUUAUAUUUCACUUUGGAUAGGGCUGUUAUAUUAUACUAUUGACCAGGCUAUUAUAUUUGACGUUGGACCAAAUAAUUAUAUUAGAUUUUGACAGAGCUGAUAAAUUAAAAUUUUGACCAGGCCUGUGAAUUUUGACUUAGGAACAGGCUGAUAUAUUUGACUUUGGAUCAGGCUUUAAUAUUAGACUGUGGACCGCGCUGUUAUAUUACACUUUGGAACGGGCUGUUAUAUUUGAUGUUGGACUGGACUGUUAGAGUUGAAUAUGUGGGAAUAGGCUGUUAUAUCUCACUUAUAUUUCUGUUUGGACUAGACUGUUAUAUUUCUGUUUUGACUAGACUGUUAUAUUUCUGUUUGGAUUAGACUGUUAUAUUUCUGUUUGGACUAGACUGUUAUAUUUCUGUUUGGACUAGACUGUUAUAUUUCUGUUUGGACUAGACUGUUAUAUUUCUGUUUGGACUAGACUGUUAUAUUUCUGUUUGGACUAGACUGUUAUAUUUCUGUUUGGAGUAGACUGUUAUAUUUCUGUUUGGACUAGACUGUUAUAUUUCUGUUUGGACUAGACUGUUAUAUUUCUGUUUGGACUAGACUGUUAUAUUUCUGUUUGGACUAGACUGUUAUAUUUCUGUUUGGACUAGACUGUUAUAUUUCUGUUUGGACUAGACUGUUAUAUUUCUGUUUGGACUAGACUGUUAUAUUUCUGUUUGGACUAGACUGUUAUAUUUCUGUUUGGACUAGACUGUUAUAUUUCUGUUUGGACUAUAGACUGUUAUAUUUCUGUUUGGACUAGACUGUUAUAUUUCUGUUUGGACUAGACUGUUAUAUUUCUGUUUGGACUAGACUGUUAUAUUUCUGUUUGGACUAGACUGUUAUAUUUCUGUUUGGACUAGACUGUUAUAUUUCUGUUUGGUCAAGACUGUUAUAUUUCUGUUUGGUCAAGACUGUUAUAUUUCUGUUUGGUCAAGAUUGUUAUAUUUAAUUUUGUAAAAGGCUGUAACUUGCGAUUAGGCUUUUAUAUUUAGACUUUGUACCGGGCUGUUUUGUUUAACUUAUGACAGGGCUAUUAUAUUGAACUUUUGGCUGGGCUGUUAAAUUAAAAUUUGAACAGGGCUAUAAUAUUUCACUUUGGACCAGGCUGUUAUUUUAGACUUUGGACCUGGCUGUUAUAUUAAGCUUUGAACCGAGCUUUUAUAUUAGACUUUGGACCGGAACCGGACUAUUAUAUUAGACGUUGGACCUCGUAAUAACACUAGACGUUGGACCGGGCUGUUAUAUUAGUCUUUUGACCGGGAUAUUGUAUUAGACUUUGGACGGGGCUGUUAUAUUAGUCGUUGUACUGUGCUUUUAUAUUUUACCUUGGACCGGGUUGUUACAUUUCCCUUUGGACGUUGCAGUUAUAUUUCACUUCGGACAGAGUUGUUCUAUAAUCCUUUUGGUAAAGGCUGAACAAUUUUACUUGGACCAGGCUGUUCAAUUUGACUUUAUACGAGGCUGUUAUAUUUCACUUUUGAGCGGGCUGUUAUAUUUCACUUGGCACCGGCCUGUUAUAUUAGAUUUGAGUCAAUGAAAUUCCGGAUUAUAUCAGCUAGUAAUCUUUAACUGUAUGGGCUUUGUUGAUAUUUUAAAGGGUGAAAGACUCGCUUAAAGAUUUCCCUUCAACCCUGGAGGAAGAUGUGACAUCAGAAGAAAAAAACAUUGCCAUUACCAUUAAAAAAAAAAAUCUUAGUUGUUAAUUGUUAUAAUAUUUUUAAAAAUGACAGUAAACUAUGGUAUUUUCUGUAUGGUUAAAUAGUGAAACCAAUGAAAAAUUUAGCCCGAAAAUAAGUGAUAUCGUCAAAUAAAUGAACAUUUUGGCCGACAAUAAUUAGUUAAAAAGUGAAACCAAUUAAACAUCGCUUAGCGCAAUGAGACGUGGUGUUUCGAAUUUUUGGCAGUGGCCCUACCUAACGUUAUUUGAUCUAGGCCUAAGGUAUAUUUUUAUUAAUUUUUUUUUUUUUUUGGCCACUUCCAAUUUUUUGCUGACCCUUAGAUUAAUUACUCACAUUAAAGGAAAAGAGUGAGGCUUGUACUCACAUUAAAGGAAAAGAGUGAGGCUUGUACUCACAUUAAAGGAAAAGAGUGAGGCUUGUACUCAGAUUAAAGGAAAAGAGUGAGGCUUGUACUCACAUUAAAGGAAAAGAGUGAGGCUUGUACUCACAUUAAAGGAAAAGAGUGAGGCUUGUACUCACAUUAAAGGAAAAGAGUGAGGCUUGUACUCAGAUUAAGUACAUUUACAUCGACACCAACGCUCACAAAUAAUAGAUAUUUAAAAACAAAUCUUACCCUCAAAUAUUGGCAUUCUGAUUAAAAUUGUAAUCCUUCAAAUGAUGAGAUUAGCUUUCGAAAUAGAGUCGUGUAAGUUUAAAACAUAUGCGUGUUAUUUCCUUGUUCUUUCAAGGCUACAGUUACUGGUAUAACUUAAAUGUAGUCAGUUACUUCCUUGUGCUUUCAAGAUUACAGUUACAUGGUAUAACUUAAAUAUAGUCAGUUACUUCCUUGUGCUUUCAAGAUUACAGUUACUGGUAUAACUUAAAUGUAGUCAGUUACUCCCUUGUGCUUUCAAGGCUACAGUUACUGGUAUAACUUAAAUGUAGUCAGUUAUUACCUUGUGCCCUUAAGUGUACAGUUACUGGUAUAACUUAAAUGUAGUCAGGAUGAACAAGAAAACACGUUUAAACUUGAUAAACCGAUAAUGCAUACAUGGGCGCCCGCGGAAAACUUUCUAGGGGUGGGCAAAAAAAUCUAUUAACUUUCCAGGGGGGGCCAAAAUAUUUUUAGUAAUGUUUAAAUAUAAUUUUAAUUUACUGUAGAGUAUUUGUAUGGUGAACGGAAGGACAGGACAUCAGCUUAGUUACUUUCUCUUUAUUUUCUCUUUACUUUAAUAAAUUUUUUGUCUAUUUUUGUCUAAAAUUUUUUUAUCCAAUCAAUCCAGGGGGGGCAAGUGCCCCCCUUGCCCCUACCUGCGGGCGCCCAUGAAUGCAAAUGUUCCGUACAAAAUUCAAAGACUUUAUCGCAACAUGCUAAAACUGAUCUCGCUGUUUCCUCACUUAAUAAUAAAUUGAAAUUGUUUAGCCCCUAUGUUUUAUUAGCCACUUUCAUGACAUGGUUUUCAGAAUGAUAGAUAAUUAAACAAUUUGUAAUGACAUAUAUUAAUUUGCGAAGUUAAUUUCUUUGUUCAUUAAUUUCAAAAUUAUAAACGAUCGGCGCUACCUCCACUUCCAGUAUUUGCAAGAAUAUAUAAACAACUGAACAUUUCUAGAUUCGUAUCAAAUAUAAUGUUAAAAAUUAAAACUACUGUUUUUAUGAAAUAGUAUUUCGAUCAUUUAAAAUCAAUUCCAUUUCAUUUUUUUUUCUAUUUAGUACGCUUAAUAACAGACACCAUUUAUUUGAAAAAAGAACUGGAUUUGGGCCAAGAAAAUUUGUUAAUUAAGAUGUCAGAUGUUUUUCAAAGGCGGCCUACAUGUAAUAAUAACUUUCUGUAAGAAGUUAUAGUUGUUUGAAAAUAAACCUUUCAAUGUAAAUAAUUUUGGGGAAUGCUUAUUGCUUCAACGUUGACUCAUACAUUAAGACUAUAGAAUUCCUUUUGUAAGAUCUCCCAUCAUCUUGACAUUUUUACGGAAUAAAAAAAUGUAUUUAGAAUGGUUAGAUUUAAAAAUCCCCAAAACAUUCGGAUACCUUCCGAGAUGAAACAAGUUUUUUGGUCUGUUUUUUUUUAGGAUUCAUUGAUUUUUUUUUUUUCUAAAAGUUUUUUUUUUUUUUAUCUGGUAAAAAUUAAAAAUAUUCAGUUUCUAAAUUAGUGCAAUAAAUUUUUUUUGUUUUUUUUCAUUUUUGAUCAAGUGUAAUCUAUAAUAAUUUAAAAUUUUUUGUUUUGUUUUUUUUUAGGAUUUAUUGAUUUUUUUUUUUUUUCUAAAAGUUUUUUUUUUUUGUAUCUGGUAAAAAUUAAAAAUAUUCAGUUUCUAAAUUAGUGCAAUAAAUUUUUUUUGUUUUUUUUCAUUUUCGAUCAAGUGUAAUCUAUAAUGAUUUAAACAGUGUAAUGUGGUUUUAAAACGACUUUAGUAUUUAAUACACACCAGUAGUAACGGAUUUAUAAUUUUUCAUAUAAACACGACCAAGCCAAGGGUUACAUUUCCACAAUUGCCCCUCGAUUAAAUGUAGGGAGGUUCAAAGUUUAAAAAAACAACAUUUAUGUGCCAAAAUAAAAGUAUGCAAUUUGGAAUAUUUCAAAGAGAUUCUGGGUAGCAGUUAAUAAUGAAGAUACAAGACAACUUCACAUACAUUUGAUCGGGCUAAAUAGUGAAAUUUAUUUCAAAUCCAAUUUCAAUACAACAGGGGCUUGUGUCAGUUUUCUUCUACUAUAAAAUGGGACUUCGAAAAUAUUUGGGAAUCUUUGAUCUUACAUCAUGAUAUUCAUGGUAUUUGUUCUUUCAUCAUGAUUUAAGUGGGUUUUUUCAUUCCAUAAUGAUUUUUGUGGUCUUUUUCCUUCCAUAAUGAUAUAAGUGGUUUUUGUUCUUUCAUAAUGAUAUUAGUGGUCUUUGUUAUUUCAUAAUGAUAUUUGUGGUCUUUUUUCUUACACCAUAUUAUAAGUGGUAUUUUUUCAUCAUCGUGAUACUAGUGGGCCUUGUUCUUACAUAAUUAAAUUACAGGUCUUUUUUUUACAUCAUGAUAUUAGUGGUCUUUGCUCUUACAUCAUAAAAUGAGUGGUCCUUGUUCUAACAUCAUUAUAUAACUGGUCUUUGUUCUUCCAUAAUGAUAUUAGUGGUCUUUCUUGUUAAAUCAUGAUAUUAGUGGUCUUUAUUCUUUCAUUAUAAUAUUAGUGGUCGUUCUUCUUAAUCAUGAUAUUAGUGGUCUUUUUUCUUUAGUCAUAACAUUAGUGAUCUUUCUUUUAAAUCAGGAUAUUAGUGAUCUUUCUUUUAAAUCAGGAUAUCUAGUGGUCGUUCUUCUAAAUCAUUAUAUUAGUGGUCGUACUUCUAAAUCAUGAUACUAGUGGUCUUUCUUCUAUAUCAUGAUACUAGUGGUCUUUCUUCUAAUUCAUGAUACUAGUGGCCUUUAUUCUAAUUCAUGAUACAAGUGGUCUUUCUUCUAAAUCAUUAUACUAGUCGUCUUUCUUCUAAUUCAUGAUGCUAGUGGUCUUUCUUCUAAAUCAUGAUACUAGUGGUCUUUCUUCUAAAUCAUGAUGCUAGUGGUCUUUCUUCUUAUUCAUGAUGCUAGUGGUCUUUCUUCUAAAUCAUUAUACUAGUGGUCUUUCUUCUAAUUCAUGAUACUAGUGGUCUUUCUUCUAAUUCAUGAUGCUAGUGUUCUUUCUUCUAAAUCAUUAUAUUAGUGGUCUUUCUUCUAAUUAAUGAUACUAGUGGUCUUUCUUCUAAUUCAUGAUGCUAGUGGUCUUUCAUCUAAAUCAUGAUACUAGUGGUCUUUCUUCUAAAUCAUGAUACUAGUGGUACAUGAUACUGAAAAGAGCUGCUAGGUUUAAGAGCCUCCGUUCUUUCAUAUGAUGUUAGUUCUCUUUGUUCUUAAACCAUGAUAUUAACUGUUUUAUUUCUUAUGUUAUGAUGUUUUAUGGACUUAUUUGUUAAAACAUGAUCACAGUGGUCUUUGUUGUUUUUUUUUCAUAAUGAUGUUAGUGCUCUUUGUUCUUACUUCAUGACAUUAGUUGUCUUUGUUCUUACUUCAUGACAUUAGUUGUCUUUGCUCGUACAUCACGACAUUAGGUGUCUUUGCUCUUACAUCACGACAUUAGUUGUCUUUGUUCUUACAUCACGACAUUAGUUGUCUUUGCUCUUACAUCACGACAUUAGAUGUCUUUGCUCUUACAUAACGACAUUAGUUGGCCAUGUUCCUGUCAAUAGCUUGCGUGUUUUAAAUGUCAUGAAAACUGUUUGUUGCUUUCUUGAAAUAUAAAACACUGCAGCUUUACACCUUUUAUAGCUAAGAUUUUAUAGCUUGUCGAUUCUUAUUUGUAAAUAAUACAACUUUUUACAUGAUACUUUUAAAUGAAUAUACACGUCAGUAUAGUACUUUUAAAAUGAAUACACACGUUAGUAAGACCCUUUAUCAUAAAUACGUAUGUUUUUUUUUUUAUACUUUCAUCUUAUUUCAUGCAGAAAACGCAAAAGAUAAUAUAUAUUUGUUCGUUUUGACCUGAUUGGGCCCACCAAUAAUUCUAUUUAUUAAAAUUUAAAUAAAUUAAACAUUUGCAUUUUCUUUCUGACAACAAAAAGAUGUGACAGCAAUAAAAAAGUUAGAGUGAAUGUGGUUGGCACUUGUACAUUUUGUUGAAGCACCAAAUCAAUUUUUUUUUUAAAGCUUAAAUUUUAAAUUACAGCUUCGUGUUACAAGAUCACCACGGAAACCAGCCCCCUGCCUGCUGGAACUGCCUACUCGGGUGUCAAUGUUACAGACUCCAACCCUUACUCUGAGCCAAGUACACAAUCCUCGGGAAUCCAAGUCGUGACGGGUUCAGGAAAGAGUUCCUUCAUUGCAGAAGCUAUUGUCUUAAUUGUAAUUGUAAAGUUUGUCAUGUAGGUAGCAGUAAAAUUUCACACUUGUACCCAUGGGAUAAAGGGGGAACAACAACUGUUCAAAAGAAAAAAAAAAAGGAGAAGAGAAAAAUGUGACGAACGAAAAGUAAAAUUUUACCCACUAUCUAAAAAGCAUGAAGUACUGCAACCAAAUAAGAUUUUGUUAAGAAAUAAACUGUUGAAUCGCAUUUUAAGCAGUUUUAAAUACAAACC